CUCCCGGGGCCGGGUCGCCCGGGGGGUGACGGGAAGGGAGGCCGGCCGGGCGCCGGGAGCUCGGGGCUCCCGGCGGGAAGUGGGCGCGGUGCGGGCUCUGCAGGGCGCGCGGCGGCUGCGGCCCGGGAUGGAGCCCCGCUGAAGCCGCCGCGUAGACGCGGCGCCGGAGCCAAGAUGUGUCUGCGCCUGGGUGGCCUGAGCGUGGGUGACUUCCGGAAGGUACUGAUGAAGACGGGGCUGGUGCUGGUCGUGCUGGGCCACGUGAGCUUCAUCGCAGCCGCUCUCCUCCACGGCACCGUGCUGCGCUACGUGGCUGCCCCCAACGACGCUGUGGCUCUGCAGUACUGCGUGGUCGACAUCCUCUCUGUCACUUCUGCCAUCGUGGUCAUCACCUCAGGCAUUGCAGUCAUUGUGCUCUCACGCUACCUCCCCAGCAUCCCCCUGCGCUGGACAGUGUUUAGCUUGAGUGUGGCCUGUGCCCUUCUCUCUCUGACCUGUGCUCUCGGCCUCUUGGCUUCGAUCGCCGUGACCUUUGCCACCCAGGGCCGGGCACUGCUGGCUGCCUGCACUUUUGGGGGCCCCGAACGCCUGGCACUGGCACCUGACUGUCCCUUCGACCCUACACGCAUUUACAGCUCCAGCCUGUGUCUCUGGGGCAUCUCGUUACUGUUCUGUGUGGCAGAGAGUGUGUUUGCUGUCCGCAGCGCCCAGCUCGCCCACCAGGUGCUGGAACUGAGGCCCUGGUUGGGGAAAAGCAGCCAUCGCGUGGGCCCUUACCUUGAAAACUGGGGCAACAGUCUUCUCCCCCAGGACAAAAGGGAGAACACAGAGGCUCGGAGAACUCAGCUCUCCCAGAUGCAGGAGAGUCCAGAGCCCGUGGAGGACCUUGACCUGCCAAGCCGCGCUAGCUCCGGGCCCAUGACCCUCUGACAGCUGAUGCCUCAUCCAGGCCCCGUAGCCACUGGGGCCCUGCAACCAAGUCCACACUGCGAUCAGGCCAGUAUUCCUGGAGCCAGCCAAGAGGGCUCAAUGGCCACUCCAGGACCUGGGGGAGGUUUUCACCCCUCUCCUCUGGCCACCCAGCCCGCUGCACUGAAAGGAGACUUUAUUCUGAAGUCAUUAAAAAGAACAGAGAUGCUCCAUGUGGGCGCAUGCAGCGGGGGAGGGUACGGCCAGGGGGGGUCUGUUCUUCUUUUCCAUACAGGACGCUUUGAGGUGGGGGGUGGGGCGCUCCAGUUGUGUCUGCCUGUCUGUCUGCGGGUCUGCGUGUGUAUCUGAGGGAUACAAAGAGGGGUCCGUGGGUUUGUGUUCAUCACAAUGCCAAAACGCAGGCGUGGGAUCCUGGGCCUCACAGCUGGAGGGCUGGAAACGGGAGGUUUCCCUCUUGCACCUGGGCCUCCAGGCCAGCAAGGGCAGGAGCAGGCGGGGUUAAGGCCCUCCUGCCAGGAAGGAUGGCUCAAAGAUGGUUUCUCCUCAAGCCUCUAGGCCUCUGGAAUCCUUCUCUCCCCUCCAAAUAAAAAGACAAGCUCCUUA